UCAACCUUUAAGCUCACCUUUGGCCUGUCAAAGUCUCUGCAGUCCCUGCAGGCGGGUGAAGGGAGGAUAACAGAUAACAGAUAAGCAGCGACAGGUGAGCUCCUCCUUCGGACUCCGACACCGAGCAGAGACGAGCUGGACAUGGCUGAGUACAGGCUAAGGGUGAUUUCUCUGACCAAGAAGCCAGGUCAUACCUUUGGCUUCUACUUGAGGCAGGAGCAUGGUGAGGAAGGUCACCUGAUUCGCUGCCUGGAAAUGGGAGGUCCAGCUGAAUUAGCUGGCAUGAAAGAUGGAGAUCGCAUCCUGCGGGUCAAUGGAACAUUUGUUGAUGGACUGCCCCAUUCAGAGGUGGUGGAUGUUGUGAGAAACAGUGGAGCAUCCGUCGUAUUCCACAUAUUGGAUGAAGCUUCCUACAAGCAAGCUAAGGCACAGGGAGUGAACAUGUCAAACCCCCAGAGCACACCAGUUGCUAAUGGUGUGUCCAAACAUGCUCCAAAACCCAAACUCUGCUACGUGGUUAAGUCCAGCUCGGGCUUUGGGUUUUCUCUUCGCUCUGUCAAAGGUGAGCCGGGUUUUUUCAUGACAGAGGUGAACCCAGGGAGCGUGGCCCAAAGGGCAGGAGUCAUGUCCGAUGACAGGCUGGUGGAGCUCAAUGGAGAGAACAUAGAACACUGCACACAUGAUCAAGUCGUGGACAAGAUCAAGCUGACUGGCAGCAGUAUAAUGCUCCUGUUGGUUGAUGAAGAAACAGACAGGUACUACAAAAACAAGCGUAUAAAGAUAGGAGCAUGGUUAGCCACAGUAAAGUAUCUCCCUCAGAAGCCACGCAUCAUUGACAUGACCAAAGGAUCUGAUGGCUAUGGCUUCCUGCUCCAGGAGGAUGUCAUGCAAACAGGCCACAUCAUUAAGGAUUUAGACAAAGGCAGCCCAGCAGAAAGAGCAGGCAUGAAGGAAAUGGACAGGUUAGUAGCUGUUGAUGGCAAGGAGGUGGACAGCUGCAGCCAUGACCAGGUGGUAGACAUGAUCAGGCAGUGUGGCAACAAAUGCCGCCUCCUAGUGGUGGACAAAGACACGGACCAGAUGUAUAAGUUGGGGCAAGUGUCACCUCUGCUUUUCUGUGAGGAUAUGAAGGACUCUACCUCACCGCCCAGUUACAAUGUGGCCAUCAAUUUACCUGCUGCUGUCCAACCAUCCACACCUGUUCAGGAGAGGAGAAAGGAGCUCAAACCCAAACUGUGUAAGAUGGAGAAGACCUCAGCUGGCUAUGGCUUUCACCUUAACGGCAUACAGGGGGUGUGUGGACAGUACAUUAAGGAAGUGGUGAAAGGUGGAGCAGCUGACAGGGCAGGUCUGGAGGAUGAUGACAUUGUGGUGGAAGUGAAUGGAGUAAAUGUGCAGCAGAGCAGCCAUGAAGAGGUGGUAGAGAUGAUCCGCAACAGUGGUAGCACUCUGGAGAUGCUGGUAGUUAAUAAGAGUGUCUAUGACCAGCUCAAAGCUGAAGGAGUGUCCAUCACACGCAAGCUCCUGGGAGACAUAUCUUAUGUUGAGGUCCACUCAGAAGAAACCCACGGGACCAGGAACGAGGACAGACACGAGGAGACAUCCAGACCUGAAACCCAAACUGAACCACCAAGAGAGAGGACUUCAUCAUGUUCAUCUCAGGAGAGCAUCGAUAUGAGACUGUAAGAAGUCACCAAAAGCACCCAUUUCCUCCGUCGAUGUCAAUCUAAUGUUGAUCCAUGUUGUUGUUUUUUUAAUCAGCUGUUAAGGGUUUCAAACAUCCACUUAAUAUUAAAAGAGACAAAGAGAUGAAGGGGAAAAAACAGACUAAAGACAGUAAGGACUUCACUGUAAAAUUCAGUCAGUAUCUGAAUCAUAAGGGCUAGGUACAAAAUCUGUUCAUGAAUACAUUUGUAUUCCUUUGAUGCAAAUAGUAGUUAUACUUGCAAAUGAGCCUGUGUAAUGAUCUGAGUAAUGUCUUUCACAAACCUGAGAUUACCAGUGUAUAAUAAUAAUGUACCAAUUACCAAGAUAACCACAGCCUACAGCAUUUAAGAUUACACUACUCACGCUGCCAGUAAAUACUAUGGACUUUAAUCUAUUUUUGUCUCUAUGCAAAAACUGCUGCUUUUAUUUUAUUUAACAUUUUAAAAAUCAAACUCAGUUGUUCUCAUUUUUAAAAUAAAAGUAAACAAUAAAUGAACACGAUAUAUGAAUUAAGCUUUAUGAGUCUUUGUUUUUGUUUCCAAUCAAAUGGCAUAUUUUGUUAAAAAUAACAGCUGCUUCAGGACAGACAUGAGUGAUACCUUGAGCUUUCCUUCAGUCCAUUUACACCUCAGUGAAAGUGAAUCAGGGAUGUGCUGUGAAUAGUACAGCUCCAGUGUGGUCAGACAAAAAAAA